AUGGGUAAAAACAAGAAGAAAACAGGGAAAAAGGCCAAAAACCAGCCUCAUGUUGAAGCCGUUGGCGAAACCACCGAUGAACAUGAAGUAGCAAUCACUUCUGCAAAAGAAGACACAGCUACUGAAAUCCCCAAAGCGAUCGGUGUUCCAGAAGACUCGGAAAAUGUAGAGGCUAAGAAGGAAGAGCAUUCACAAGAGAUAAAUCAACAAGAAGUCAGUGCUGAUCUCGUCACAGAUAAAACCAUCCCAUUAGAAAACAAUAUGGCCAACGAGGAAAUAAAGGCUUUAAAAGAAGAGAUUGAACGUUUAAAUUCAGAAUUGAAUGCCAAGAAGGACGAGGAAACGCAAAAUGAAGAUGCCAAAGAUCAGCUAGAAAACGUCAUUAAAGAACGAGACGAAUUCAAGACACAAUACAAUACCCUUUUAAGCAAGAUAUCUUCCAUGAAAUCAAUCUUUAAUAAGAUGAAGGAAUCACAGAAAGAAUUAGAAGAAGUCCAAGAACAACUAACCGAAUACGAAUCUCAAAACCUAAAAUUGAAGAAAAAACUUGAAGCUUCCAAGAUUGAAAACUCUGAAUUACAAUCAACGAUUGUGACAAUAAAUAAAGAGUUAGAAAAUCUGGAAAACGAACAAGAAAGUGCUGAAGAUAUAUUUUUGGAAUACGAAUCAAAGAUAGAGGCCUUGCAGGAUGAGCAGCGCAACAUGAUUGAAACGCAUAGCAAAGAACUUAAAGCUUCUAGGAAGGAUAAAGAUCAAUUAAGUGUUCAGGUCCAAGAGCUGAUGAUAAUUUUAGAGAACCUCAAACAAGAUAUAUCUGACCUGAGAAACGAAAAAGAUGAUUUGAAGCAAGCUUUGGAAUUACAGGAAAGUGAGAAAACAGCAUUGCAAAACUCGGUGAACGAUCUGGAACUGAAAAUCGAAGAACUUGUCAGCAAAAAGGAAGAGGAAUUAAGAGAAAAGGAUCUGGAAGUAAAAGAUUUGCGCUCACAACUUGACACAGAGCUGGAAGCACACAACAAUGAUAUUACAAUUCUUGAAAGCUUGAAAAAAGAAAUAGAGGACAUGAAAGAGGACGUGUCUAUGAAGGAAAAAUACGAGGAAGAAUCAAAACAGCAUGUUUUACAGAUCGGCAAGCUGCGCCAUGAAGCUAUCAUACUAAACGAGCAUCUAACAAAAGCCUUAAGUAUGCUGAAGAAGUCAAGCGACUCAGAAUCCGUGGAUAAAGAACUGAUAUCUAACUUGUUGAUCUCUUUUGUGGCUAUACCCAGAGCAGACCCAAGGAAGUUCGAAGUUCUUGAAUUGUUGUCCAAUUUCUUGAACUGGGACGAAGAUAAGAAACAGCAGGCCGGUUUAAUUUCGAAUAAUGACCAAUCCAGAAGUGCAAGCGCCGUAUCACGAACAGAAAGUUUUGUAUCGCUAUGGACCAACUACCUUGAGAAAGAAAGUGAGAAGGAUUGA